UGUAUACUUCCACACCAGACUAGCUCUCUCUUGAGUUUUUAAAUUUUACACAUGGAUCUACUAAUUAUAGCUCUUCUUAUUGCCUUUCCCCUGGCUUUAUAUUUGUCUUUGAAUCACAUAAAAAAGAAGGAUGAUCUUCCAUCACCACCAGGUCCACCAGGCCUUCCUUUGAUCGGGAACAUGCACCAGUUAUACAAAGCUCCUUCCAAUCACGAGCUUUUCUGGAAACUUUCCAAGAAAUACGGGUCUCUCGUGACUUUGCACUUAGGCUCGGUGCCGGCCCUAGUUGUAUCAUCGUCGAAAAUGGCGAAACAAGUGCUGAAAACCCAAGAUGCCAUCUAUAGUAGCAAGCCUGCGAUGACGGGUCAGCAAAAGAUGUCGUAUAAUGGGCUAGAAGUAGGGUUUUCGCCGUACAGUGAGCAUUGGAGGGAUGUGAGAAAAUUUUGUACACUGGAAUUAUUUACGCCGAAAAGAGCUCAGAUGUCCGUUCGGCCUGUUAGGGAACAAGAGGUUUAUCGGAUGAUUGGUGGACUGACGGAGGCGGCUUCAGCUUCGAAAAUGGUCGAUGUGCACCGAUGUUUUUCGGAUUAUGCGAGUUCGAUUAUCACUAGAGUUGCAUUUGGGAAGAGGUACGGUGAGGGCGCCAAAUUCCAUCGGCUUUUGUCUGAGAUAGAGGCCUUGUUUUCCAAUUUUUUUGUUUCGGAUUAUUUUCCCAUGUUUGGAUGGAUCGAUAAGCUCACUGGAAUGAUGGCGAGACUGGAUCGAACUUUCGUGGAGAUGGAUAUGUUCUACCAGGAACUUAUUGACGAACACCUUAAACCUGACAGGUCCGCAUCUACGACUGACGAUGUCAUUGAUGUUAUGCUCAAUAACAAGAACUCGGCUUCCUUUGCUCUGACGAUGAAUCAUGUCAAAGCGAUUCUUCUGGAUAUAAUAGUUGCCGGAACUGGGACAACUGCAACUGUGCUGACAUGGGCCAUGACGGCAUUAAUGCGUAACCCGGGAGUCAUGAAGAAAGUUCAAGAAGAAGUAAGAAGGGUAAUGGGAAAGAAAGGGAAGAUAGACGAAGAUGACAUUCAGAAUCUCCCUUACUUGAGAGCAGUUGUGAAGGAGACAAUGCGCCUAUACCCUCCGGGUCCCCUUCUACUUCCCCGAAAAACGAUGGGAAGCUCUGUCAUUGGCGAAGAUGAAGAUCAUAUGUACAAGAUCAAGCCCAAAACCGUGGUGUUUGUAAGCAUGUGGGCAAUUGGAAGAGACCCGGAGAAUUGGAAAGAGCCCCUAGAGUUUAUGCCCGAGAGGUUCUUGGAAAGGCCUGAGAUCGAUUACAAAGGACAGCAUUUCGAGUACUUUCCAUUCGGUGCAGGGAGAAGACAAUGCCCUGGAAUCAACCUGGGAGUGAUGAAUGUGGAGCUUGCACUUGCUAAUGUUCUUUACACAUUCGACUGGGAACUGCCUGAUGGGAUGAGAAUCGAAGACAUCGACGAGGAGACUGUGAAUGGCUUAACUUUGCAGAGGAAAAAUGCUCUCUGCCUUCGACCUAAAAUAUAUGUUUGUCCAUGAUUCAUCUCGUAUUGCAAGAUUUCAUGGACCAACUUAUUUUAUCAAAUAAAACGUGUAAGAUGAUCCUGCAGCUUUUCUUCUGUGUAAUAAGGGGAACUUAAUGUAUCUUAACAGAGUUUCUCACUUGGACGCUAAAUUAGGAAGUUCAAGGUAUAUAUUGUUCCCCAGAAGUUGAUGUCAUUGGAUACGAUGCAUUAUUCAAUAUCAAUUUCCCAAAAUUAGUUAUUUC